AUGGCUAAUUCUCGCUUAAGGAGAUCUUCUGGAUCACCAGAUGCGACACGUUCAUCGAGAAAGGUAAGGCUGUCACGUCAAGGCGGCAGUUCUGAUUUGGAAAUUAAUGAUAAUGACGACGACGAAGAAUACAGCGAGCCUGUUCAGGAAGAUGAUGAUUCUUUAAUAAAAGAAGAUUCAGAUCCCGAUGCUGAAUCGGACGAGGAGUCAGAGAAGCCACUACAAAGAAAAGCCAAAUCAAGGAAACGGAGAGCCACAAGUGAUGCGGACGGUGAUGCUGAGGAUGAUGAUAUAGAGCUCGAUGCUGAAGAGGACGAUGAUGCAGAAGAGGAUGAUGCAGAGGAUGACGGUGAUGAAGAUGUGGAACAAGAGUCUAAGGAACAAAAAUCGAAGCCAGUAAAGGUCGAAAGGAAAGUUCCUAAGAAAAGGGGACGUAAGAAGAUGAAAAUAACAUAUUUGGAAGAUGGUGCCUUUGACGAGGAAGGUAACCCCUUAAACAUAGAUGAUGAUGAGGUCGUGAUAGAUAAUGAGGACCCGAAGGGAGUCGAGAAAAUUGACAAGCAGGGUCAUCUUAAAGACGGUAGGCAAUUUCGUGUAAAAACCUUCACCGUCUUAGGUAACGGUGAUAAGCUUUAUAUGGUAUCCACAGAACCAGCCAGGCUAGUUGGAUUUCGAGACUCAUAUCUACUAUUCAAAACCCAUAGAUCUUUAUUCAAAAAAGUAUGCACGAACGAAGAGAAAAUGGAUCUAAUCGAUAGGCAUAUAAUACCCAAUUCUUACAAAGGUAGAUCAGUGAACUUGGUAGCUGCAAGAUCGAUAUUCCGAGAGUUUGGUGCCAAGAUGAUUAAGGAUGGGAAAAAAGUUAUUGAUGACUUUUGGGAACAAAGAGCAAUAGAUAAUGGUGACGUGCCUGGAGAGUAUGCGGACCCUGGCGAGAUGUACAGCAUAUACAAUAAGUCUGCCAUCCUUUCUGAUGCUAACUCUAAUCAGACACCUGCUCCUAUUGUCGUUGGUGCUCCUCUUGUAAACUAUCAAAGCGACCCUACCUGGAUGUACCAGAUUGCUGUCCAAACUAGAGAUUACAAUACAAAAUUAAGAGAACAGAGAAAUCUGGCUUUAAUAAGGGGAGUAAGGGACACUUACACAGGGUUGACUUUCUAUCCCGGAAGUACUCAGCCCACAAAAUGUCAGGUCAAGAAAGUUGGUGGCUCUCAAGAUGAUACCAUUGUUUACGACAUGAGAUUCAAGAAUUCAAAUAUUCGUCGAAAGUUUACUGGGUUGGGAGCAAUCCCCAAGGACAUAUUUGAAGACUUGGAAGAUGAGGAUAUUAAGAGAGCUAUUAUAGAGCAACAGGAGUAUGAAAAGCUGUAUUAA